GAUGGGGGGCAUUCCUCCUCCUCCUCCUUUUCCUCAGACGGACGGACGCCCCCCUCAAACUGCGAUUGUUCGCCCAGAUGCUCGGUCCGAGUUGGACUAAAGUAAAGCCCUGUGUCGUUUCAUAUGGUCUCGGAUGGUGGAUUCGUGCAGAUUGAGUGUUGUCUGGAGACAGUAGAACAUUGAUAAGAUUUACACCCCUGAGCGACGAGCAUCGUGACAUCUGGGCAGCAGAGAUCUACAAGAGAGUGAGUGCUUCCAUGCAGUCGUGGCUGGGAUAAAAUGGAUGACAGGAAUGACGGGGUACGGGUUGGAGAAAACAAAAUCAUCAGCAAGAGCAACAUUCUCUCGUAUUUAAAGACCUACAAUCUCUACUAUGAAGGGAAGAACCUGCAGCUUCGACACAGAGAGGAAGAGGAGGAGCUGAUCAUAGAAGGACUUCUCAAUAUCUCAUGGGGUUUGCGUCGACCAAUCAGGCUUCAGAUGCAGGAUGACCAUGAGCGAAUCAGACCACCUCCCUCAUCUACCUCCUGGCACUCAGGGUGUAACCUAGACAACCAGAGUCAGGAGGGUCAGACACAGACUCCUCAAUGCCCCCCUCAGGUGGAAGUGACACCCCCAGAGGACCAAUCAAGCAACGGCACAACACAACACCAUGAAGAAGAAGAGGAGGGGUGUGACAUCUCCGCUCAGCUUCUUAGAACCAAAAGCGAUGCCGGUGUACUGAGACGGGGCAGAAGACGGUCUCCUAGUGACCAGCGGCGAAUCAGAAGGCACAGAUUUUCCAUCAACGGUCACUUCUACAACCACAAGACGGCCGUGUUCACUCCUGCAUAUGGUUCUGUUACUAACGUACGGAUCAACAGCUGCAUGACCACACCACAGGUGCUGCGGGUGUUACUGAACAAGUUUAAGAUUGAGAACAGCCCAGAUGAUUUCGCCCUCUACCUCGUUCAUACCAGCGGAGAGCGUGUCCAGUUGAAGCGUACAGACUACCCAUUAGUAGUGAGAAUACUUCAGGGACCAUGCGAACACGUCUGCAAGAUCUUUCUCAUGGAGCAGGAUCUGGGAGAGGAGAUUCCCUAUGAAGUGGCGCAGUACAUCAAAUUUGAGAUGCCUGUCCUGCAGAGCUUCAUUACCAAACUGAAGGAAGAGGAGGACAGGGAGGUGCAGAAGCUGAGAAGCAGAUAUAAGUAUCUGCGGUGUAUCAUUGAGAAACAGCUCCAGUGUUUACCAGAGGCUUCCACCUGUAUGUGACUCUCUCAGAGCUGUCAAACUACGGACUUCCAGACCCGUCCUCCCUCAAUGAUUGUUAAUCCAAACCACUAAAUAUGCAUUGAUAUUUGCUGACCGGUGAAGAUGGAUGGUACAUCUUGUAAUAUAAAAAUUCUUUGUAUAUUUUUUUUUCUUUGCAUUACUUGGUGCUGUAGUGAAUCCAGGUACAAUAAUAUAGAAGCACAUUCCACUAAACCAGGGAAUUUAUAUUACAAUGACAAGCACAAAGUAACAAAGAGAAAUGCUUACAAGUUUUGUAUUAUUUGUUUGGUUAAACCGAUUAUAAAGGGUCAUGACUGACUGAUCACUUUGCAUGGAUGUAUUGAGAAUACAAUGCGGUCUGAGCCAACCUGUCUGAAGUGUGCUUUAUGCUGAUCACAGAACUGUAGACGGUGAUUCAAAUCUUUCUGGACCGGGAUGGUAAGAUGUGUAUCCCAUACUGAAGUAAAAGACUGUGAAUUUAAAGGAUGAUUGUGAGUGAAGAAGCACACGGUAAUGUAGUGUCUGGACAUCUGAAUGAUGUUUGAGUGAGUGAGUUAGUAGUAUGCAUGUUUGGGUACCUGAGGUCAAUAUGAUUUACCAAGUACAACAUGUUCCUGGAUCAACAUCUGUGAUUCGACUAUCGUUUCCCGCUGAUAAGUUUAUGACUGACAGGAAUAUUGUUGCGGGCUCAACAAAAUUUGUUGAUCUGGGAACACGUUUUGGCAAAAUCAUGGUGACUUGGGUUUUUGAGGAGGACAGCCUGGCUGUAGCUGUUAAGAAAGAGGUUCAUAUUUUUAUUUUUCUUCUUCCCUAUGGGUUGUCUACUUCUGACCUUUCAUCUGGCAUGUGUUUGUCUGUAUUAUAAUACUGAUUGUAAAACUAAGAAUAUGGUGAUAAUUAUAUUUGAAUUAAAUGUUAUCAUCAGAAAAUUAAAAAAACUCCACAACCAA